AUGAUCUUCUUUCUCUGUUUUUUACUUUUUUUCCAAAAUAUUCCUAUCUCGUUUCACUCAGCUUUUAGACUGGCUCUUUUUUUUUCCUCUUCUUUCUCCUUUUUUUCCUUUUUUUUUUAUCUCUCUCACCAGUCCAUUUUUCCUUUUUUCUUUCUUACAUACACUUUUUCCUUCUCUCCUAUCAUUCUUAUCUUCUCUUUUUUUCUUUCUCAUCACUUAUUUUUUCUUUCUGUAUCUUUCUUACCAGUCUGUUUUCUAUCUUUUCUUUCUUACAUAAUCUUUUUCUAUUCUCUCUUUAUCAUUCUUAUCUGCUCUUUUUUUUCUUUAUUGUCUCUUCUUUGUCACAUAAAUUUUUCUCUAUCUCACUCACCAGUCCAUUUUUCUUUUCUUUCUUUUCUACUCUUUUCCCUUCUCUCCUAUUUUUUCCUUCUCUCUUUACAUUCUUAUCUGCUCUUUUUUCUUCCUAACCUAAUCUUUUCUCUUUUUCUUUUUAUCUCUCUGACCUACUCUUUUCCCUUCCCUUUUUAUCUUUCUUUCUUACUCCUUUUUUCUCUCUUGCUCUUUUUAGCUUCUCUCUUUAUCUCACUUACCUGCUUUUUUCUUUUCUCCUAUACUUUCCACACUGCUGACUUUCUUACCUACACAUUUUCUCUUCUGCUUAUCUCUCUUACUUACUCUUUUUUUUUUUCCUAA